UUUCUUCCCUUUUGUACCUUAAUUUAAACUUGCUCCCUUUGUAGCUUUUCCUCGCUUGCAGAAAUUGGGAGUGGCUUAGGAUCAAACAUCUAAUGGAAAAUAUCCUGAAGGAGUUGACUCCAAUACGGGCACGUAACUUCAUGUGGAUAACUUCACUUGUUCAGACAUGUAAAGAAGGGACAUAGAGAAGAGUUACAUUGGAUACAUGGGAAGACUUAAUCAGUUCCACCUGAAGGUCCUUCUGCUGCUGAUCGUUGUCACGGGGAUGGGAGGAACAUUUCAGCACGGGCUCAAUAUGUCUCUCAUUAAUGCGCCAUCUAUCUCAUGUCUUCUCCUGGGAGCAUUUAAACCCAAAGAGAAAACAGAAGGCCAAAAAAGGAAAAUAAAUCUCAAGAAAAUUCCUCUGAAAACCUUCAGGAGACCAAUCCCAGUCCAACUUGAUGUAGCUGGUCCAGGUGGAUUUAUGGUCAAUGGCGACCUCCCAGGAUGUUGCUGGUGUCUUGAUUAUUCUGAGUACAUUAAGUAUUUUAUCAAUGAGACUUGGUUGGAACGUCAUGGCACAGCGAUGGAAGAACAGGUAAUAAAAGCGAUCUGGUCAGUCAUUGUAUCGGUGUAUCCAAUUGGAGCUAUGUGUGGAGCAUUGAUUGCUGGACAGCUGUCAGUUAGAUACGGAAGGAGGAAUUGUCUGGUACUCAACAAUAUUGUGGCAAUAGUGGGAGCUAUAAUAGUGGGUUUCAGCAGGAUGGCGAAAUCUUUUGAGAUGAUCCUAGUGGCGAGAUUCCUGUAUGGAGUAAAUUCAGGGAAUGGUAUGAAUAUUCAUUGUAUGUACCUUAUGGAAUGUUCCCCGAAGAAAUUGCGAGGCCUUGUGACCAUCACCACGGCAAUAUUCAAUUCCCUUGGUAAAUGCUUAGGACAGAUCGUUGGACUCAGAGAGAUUUUAGGCAGUGAAAGUGUAUGGCCUUUAUUGAUGGCCUUCAAUGCCAUACCUGCCUUUAUACAGCUUGUUAUCCUGCCCUGGUUUCCAGAGAGCCCCAGAUACCUCCUGAUUGACAAAGGAAACAGGGCUUUGUCCAUGAAUGCACUUCAAAGACUGUGGGGCAAACGUGAUUUUAGUCAAGAGCUUGAAGAAAUGCAGGCUGAGCGGACUGUGACAAGAGGUGAAAGGUCAAGAAGCGUGUGGGAGCUGUGCAAGGAUCCCUCUGUUCGAAGCCAACUCAUCAUCAACAUGAUGAUGUCACUUUUUAUUCAGCUCAGUGGCAUUAAUGCUAUCUAUUCUUAUGCUUUUGAGAUUUUCUAUGCGGCAGGGAUUCCUGAGGAGACAAUACCAUACGUGUCCAUUGGAACAGGGCUGAUUGAAACUCUCACAUUGCUGAUCUGUGGAUUCUUCGUUGAACGAACUGGAAGAAAAACCCUCCUCUGUGGGGGACUAGGCUUUAUGAGUCUGUGGACAGGACUUUUCACUGUUACCUUUUCACUGCAGCACCUUGUCAGCUGGAUGCCAUACUGCAGCUUGGUCAUCAUCUUUGCUUACGUUCUCAGCUAUGGACUUGGCCCAGGUGGAGUGGCUAUGAUCUUACCCUCGGAAAUAUUCCUGCAGUCUGACCGGCCAGCUGGCUACGUCAUCAAUGGCUUCCUGAACUGGUUUGGUCUUUUCCUCAUUGGAAUGUUUUUCCCUUUCAUGGUUGACGGUCUUGGCUACCUCUGCUUCCUGAUAUUCAGCGGAGUUUGUUUAGUGUUCACCCUCCUGGGUUACUUUAUUUUAGUGGAAACACGGGGUAAGACACCACUCGAAAUCAGCGAGGAAUUCAAGAACAGAAAGUUCUUUCAAAAUGCAAUGCUCCAUGUGACACCUAAUGGUGCACUCCCGCAAAGCACUGUGGAAAUCAUCAUGUCAACUGCAUUCUAAUCUCUGGAAACUGUCCUUCGAGAGAAAUGGAUGAUGUUUUGAACUGAGCUGCAACGUCGUGCAUUGUGUCGGGCGAUAACCCCUCAGCUCCUGACACAGGAAGAUUCCUUAUUUUGUCAAAAAUUAUACUGAUUGCUUAUACUGCUGAAUGGUGGAUAAUAGGCCACGGCUGUCAGCUGGAGGAAGUGCUCCCCUCGUCCUGCUACAGACAUACACCCUACCUGCUCAUCCAUCCGUGUUAUGAUGUGGUGUAGUUAUAUUUAUAAUUAUUUUUUAAGACAGAUUUUUAUAUUAAAAGAAAUCAAGUAGUCACUCAGGAGUCCAUAAUAGAAUGGUGCCAGCAAUCUGCGUAAGGUCUGUUGCCAUGGUAACUUUGAUCUUUUGCUGUAUUUUAUCAAAAACAGCCUGAUUAAAUGUUGCUGGGAUACCCUCAUUACCGAUGAAUUUCUCCUGCUAAAGUGAUACUGUUACUGACAAACUCAUUGGCAGUUGCUUCAUAUGUUAACAUUUAAAUGGAAAUGGGCUACAUACAUCUUAUUGCUGGCAUAUAUUAGUUUUAAAAUAUACAUAGCAUUAUCACUUCUGUUUGGUAUCUCCUAUAGCGGUGCUGGGAUCCAAAAGUUCCAGGUUUAGUUCAUUGUAGCUUGACAUUUCCUUCACUCUGUCACCAGAUCGGCAGUGUGGUUGUUUGCUGACAGUUGACGACUUCCCUGAUAAGAAAUUAAACCAUGGCAGUCUUCAGCAUUCAAGUCUACAUUGACAAGUGGCGACAGUAUACACUGUAGAAAUGUGCCAGCACUUCUUCCACAGCACCUGCCGUCGGCAUCCAGCUCCCAGAAGGAUGGAUGGAGGUACUUGUGAUUUCCCCACUAAGUCAUGCACUAUGUUGACUGGGAGACACACAAUGUUGUUUCGGAAUACUGGACCUCCUGCUAACUGCCCUGAGGUAGCGUCUUCACCACAUGGAUUCAAAAUUUUGUCCACCAACUAUGAAGGGCAAAUAGGGAUAAGGAAAAAAUGCUGACCUUGCUAUAAAGAAUGACCAAAAAAAAUAACAUCCCCACCAGUAGGUGUCAGGUAAUGACCAUUCCAAACAAGAAAAGUCCUACCAUGAUCUGUCACUGUUUAAUCCCAACACUUAGAAUGUUAGCAACGACCAGAAACCUAACUGGAUCAGCGAUAUCGGUACAAUGGUUACAAGAGAAGGGCAGAAACUGGGUUCUUUGUAAUGAAAAGCGCACCUCCUGGUCUCUCAGAGACUCCCCACCAUCUCCCAGGCACUUGCCAGGAAUGCAAUGAAUAUUCAUCAUUCACUUAACUAGUGUAACUGUAUUGGCAAUGAAGACCAAAGCCACCUAGAACAAUGUAGCCCAUUUGACUAGAGUCUCUGCUUCUGAACAAAAUCUCCACGACUGUUAACUCUAGCACAAAUAUGCACUCCGGAAUACAGUCAUGGACGAGUAGUCCAGAGCUUAUAAACUCAAAUCUUGUCAUGACACAACAUGGUAAUAUAUAGGAAAGCACAAGAGAAACACAACAUGAAGGCUAACUGCUUUACUCCGGUGUGGUCUAGAUGUGGCUCCAGUCUAGCUUAAUGAUGGUGACUCCUAAUGCCCUCAGUGA